AUGGGUGUGGCACUGACAAGGUCAGCCCAGUGGACUACUGUUGGACAUGGGACUACAGCUCUGGAAAUUACCCCCCUAAAUGAAGUGAUAUUAAAGGAAAUUAUUCUGUUUGUGGAGAGUUUUCUCUAUAAGCAUGCCCAAGAGGCAAAAUUUGUUUUUGAGGAACCACUCAGAUGGGAAACAAAUGUGGAGCCAUCAGCAUUUGGAUCAGGUUAUGUUGUCAGUGAAAAGAUGGUCAAAUCAGAAGAAGUUGAUAAAAAUGGAGAGCCUUUGCUAUUUCUCUCUGUACCACAAAUUAAAAUUAGGAGCUUUGGGCAGCUGUCCUGCUUGCUAUAUAUUGCCAAAGAAACAAAGCUGAAGGAAACACAAGCAUGUCUUGAAGCUAACAGAGACCCUGUAGUAAAAAUUUUGGGCUCCGAUUAUAGUAGAACAAAAGGAAAAGACUCAUCUGCAUUAAGUAUGCUUGAUAAAAUUGCCAAAGAUGAUGAUCCUGAAUAUGAGAUUAAGACGAACAUUGCCAUGCUGAUCGAGCAACUGGAUAGGCACCUACUCAGUUAUUCACUAAGACAUAUUUCAUCAGAACUACGUUUAAAUCCAUCAGCCAUUAAGAAUGAUAUAGAGCUGCUCAAACGUUACUCAGGAAAUGGAGAACAAACAGUCUUGGAAUCUAUUGACUAUACCUCAGAAUAUGAAUUUUCAAAUGGAUGUCGAGCCCCGCCUUGGAGACAGAUUUAUGGGGAGAUUUGCUAUGUACUGGUGAAACCACAUGAUGCUGAGACUUUGUGCAUCACUUGUAGUGCAGAAGGAGUAUUUUUAAAUGGUGGCAAAAUAGAUGCUGAGAGAGAAAUUAAUUAUGAGAGAAAAGGUAAAAUUUAUAAAGACCUCAUCACACUUUUAAGUGAAAAAUCAGCAACAUUUUUAGAAAAUAUGGCUAAACAGGAGAAUAAAUUCAUUGAAGAACAGCAGGAAGAGAAGUUUGAGCCUGAUGAUGCACCUAAGAAGGAAGAAGCAACAACUAAAGCUGGCUCAGAAAAGAGUACACUGGAGAAGAACAAAAUUAAUUUUGGGAGGAACCCAAUUGGCAAGAGAUUAGAGCCAAGUUUAAAUUGGAAGAGGACUGUUGAUUUAAAAGAGUAUCAGGGGAAAGGUUCAGCAAGAGACACCCAAGAGGAAAAACUCUCUUCAAGACUGGAAAAGGCAAGACCAUCUGUUGCACUUGGAAGAGCACAAUUACUUCGUAAGCCUACUGAUAAGCCUGAGGAGAUUAUUAGUGAGAGCUCCUCAGAGAGUGAGGAAGAUGAAGAACCACCUGAUCAUCGUCAGGAAGCAAAUGCUGAUUUGCCAUCAGAAUACUGGCAAAUUCAGAAGCUGGUGAAAUAUUUAAAGGGAGGAAAUCAGACAGCUACAGUGAUUGCAUUGUGUUCAAUGAGGGAUUUCAACUUAGCUCAAGAGACCUGCCAGUUGGCAAUCAGGGAUGUUGGAGGCCUUGAAGUUUUGAUAAAUUUACUGGAUACUGAUGAAGUCAAAUGUAAGAUUGGUUCAUUAAAAAUCCUGAAGGAGAUCAGCCAUAAUCCUCAAAUCAGACGUAAUAUUGUUGACCUUGGGGGCUUACCAAUUAUGGUUAACAUACUUGAUUCUCCAAACAAGAAUCUUAAAUGCUUGGCAGCUGAAACAAUUGCUAAUGUUGCCAAGUUUAGACGUGCCCGUCAGGCAGUGAGACAGCACGGGGGCAUCACCAAGCUGGUUGCUCUACUUGAUUGUGGACAGAGUUCAUCGGAACCUCCUCAGCCCUCUCUUUAUGAGACCAGAGACGUGGAGGUGGCUCGCUGUGGUGCGCAGGCACUGUGGAGCUGCAGCAAAAGUUACGCAAAUAAAGAAGCCAUUCGUAAAGCUGGGGGCAUCCCUUUGUUGGCUCGAUUACUGAAGACUUCUCAUGAAGACAUGUUAAUUCCAGUGGUGGGGACCUUGCAAGAAUGUGCAUCAGAGGAAAACUACCGAGCUGCUAUCAAAGCAGAACGGAUAAUUGAAAACCUAGUGAAGAACCUGAAUAGUGAGAAUGAGCAGCUUCAGCAACACUGUGCCAUGGCCAUCUAUCAGUGUGCUGAAGAUGAGGAGACCCGGGACCUGGUGAGGCUACACGGAGGACUGAAACCACUGGCCAGUUUACUCAAUAAAACUGACAAUAAGGAACGGUUAGCGGCUGUCACAGGUGCGAUUUGGAAAUGCUCCAUCAGCAAAGAAAACGUGACCAAGUUUCGUGAAUACAAAGCCAUUGAAACCUUGGUAGGUCUUUUAACUGAUCAGCCAGAGGAAGUACUUGUGAACGUGGUUGGUGCGUUGGGAGAGUGCUGCCAAGAAUAUGAAAACCGUGUCAUUGUCCGGAAAUGUGGUGGCAUUCAGCCACUUGUGAACCUCCUCGUUGGAAUAAACCAAGCUCUUCUUGUGAAUGUCACAAAAGCAGUUGGUGCUUGUGCUGUGGAGCCUGAAAGUAUGAUGAUAAUUGACCGCUUAGAUGGUGUUCGGUUGUUGUGGUCAUUGCUGAAAAACCCCCACCCAGACGUGAAGGCCAGUGCAGCAUGGGCCCUCUGCCCCUGCAUUGAAAAUGCUAAGGAUGCUGGAGAAAUGGUUCGUUCCUUUGUUGGUGGUUUGGAACUUGUUGUCAAUUUACUGAAAUCAGACAACAAAGAAGUUUUGGCAAGUGUAUGUGCUGCUAUUACCAAUAUUGCAAAAGAUCAAGAAAAUUUAGCUGUUAUUACAGAUCAUGGAGUUGUCCCUUUAUUGUCCAAACUGGCAAAUACAAAUAAUGAUAAACUGAGGCGUCAUCUAGCUGAAGCUAUUUCACGUUGCUGUAUGUGGGGCAGAAAUAGAGUAGCCUUCGGUGAGCACAAAGCAGUGGCUCCACUAGUGCGCUACCUGAAAUCAGAUGAUACCAAUGUGCACCGAGCAACAGCUCAGGCCUUGUACCAACUCUCAGAAGAUGCUGAUAACUGUAUCACCAUGCAUGAGAAUGGAGCAGUAAAGCUCCUACUGGACAUGGUUGGUUCUCCCGAUCAGGACCUGCAGGAAGCUGCAGCUGGUUGUAUAUCCAACAUCCGCAGGCUAGCUCUUGCUACAGAAAAGGCAAGAUACAUUUGAAAUUUUAACAGGUAUUACAAGCUACCAAAUUUUACAUGACACAGAACAUGUCACUUCCCUGGCCAGGAAGCCUAAAUUAGGAAACGUAUGCAAUUUCUUUAAGUACAGACAAAGGUCUAAGUAGAAAUGCUAAAUUACAAAUGCAAAGGAUGCUUUUCAUCCAGAAAUUACAUGGAUGCUUUGGAGUCUGUUUAAUUUUAGGGGGUGGAAGGGCAGGCUAUGCCAUACCAUGAAAUGUAAACCAAUAAAUGUGUGAUAAUUUUCCAGGAAUUAGAAGAUGCACACAUACUGUGUAUACUUAUUUCAGUGAUGCUUUUUUAUUUGUGGUGAUUGUAAUAAAUGAUAUGGCCUUCC